UUAGGAGCCCUAGAAUGUCCUUGGGUACCGGUUAAAACAAUGCGGUUAUAAAGCAUGGAAAAGAAGCAACAGAAAAAGGAUGCAGCUUCAGACAGAAGUUACCAAGACCUUGGGGCGGAGAAACAAACGGUCAAGAAGAGCCCAGAUAAGUUCAGAGUCAUUAAAUCAGCUAUUCUGAUCCAGCGGUGGUAUCGACGUUAUGUCGCCCGGCUCGAAAUGCGUCGGAGAUGCACCUGGCGCAUCUUCCAAUCCAUAGAAUACGCGGGAGAACACGAUCAUAUAAAGCUCAACCAUUUCUUUGACUAUCUCAUGGACCACAUCACACCAAAAAACAAGAAAGACAGGGAGUUCAUUAGCCGCAUCCUGUCGGAGACGGAUGCUAUGAAACAGAGCAAACUGGAGAAAGCACUGGAGUCUACGGCGGUACCUGUCAGUUACAAAGGGCCUCGUCUUGGUUUCCCCCUGACGCCAGACGACGCGAUUAAUGUUCUGGAAGCCUUCAGAAACAAUCAACAGCUUCAUCCUUACUAUGUUCUAAAACUCUUCGAAGAGGUGGAGCAUCAUCUCAGCCAGCUGCCAAAUAUCAACAGAAUCUCUACCUGCUACAGUGAGGAGAUCACCGUGUGUGGAGACUUACAUGGGCAAAUAUUCGACUUGUUUCACAUAUUUUACAAGAACGGACUUCCUUCUCCGCAGAAGUUGUAUGUCUUCAACGGCGACUUUGUUGACCGAGGCCCGCAUUCCAUUGAGGUCCUGAUCAUUAUCUUCAUUUUCCUCUUGAUUUACCCCAAAGAGGUCCACCUGAAUAGAGGAAACCAUGAGGACUAUAUGAUCAAUUUCCGCUACGGGUUCACCAAGGAAGUGACACGGAAAUAUAAGGAUCAUGCCCACAGACUCCUGACGGUGAUCAAGAACGUUUUUAGCAGCAUCCCUUUGGCAACCGUGAUUGACAGGAAGGUCCUGGUCGUACAUGGAGGCAUAUCCGAUAAGACCGAUUUGGAACGGCUAGCCAAAGUUGAGAGAUGUAAGAUUCCCUCUGUGCUAACACCAAAGAGAAGAAGAACGUUGGACUAUACUGCAUCUGAAGGUAGCAGACCAACCAGGAGUGGUUCCACAAUCAGCAUCCCCCAAGGGGGACAAAAGUCAGUCCAGGAAGAUUCAAAAUCUGCUGGCAAGUCAUCUGGAAUCCAGAAAAUCUCCGGACCCAGUUCAUCUCUGGAUUCAGAGGACUCAAGUGAAUCCACAAACGAUGACGAUGAUGACAUUGAACAGGUGAUAGAUAUUUUAUGGAGUGACCCUGAUUCCAAACCUGGAUGCACAGAUAACUUAGAAAGGGGCGGAGGCUGUUACUUCGGGCCUGAUGUGACGGAUUCGUUUUUGCAGAAACACCGCCUGCAGUUCAUCAUCCGCUCUCAUGAAUGCAAGCCGGAGGGUUAUGAAGUCGACCACAAUCGGAAGGUCAUCACCAUAUUUUCGGCUUCAAACUAUUAUUCAGUGGGCAGUAACCGGGGUGCCUACAUCAAAUUGGGACCUGACCUCAUCCCUCAUUUUGUCCAGUUUCAAACCACCAAAGGAGUAUCCCGCCAACUGAACAUAACUCAAAGGACCAGCCGAGUGGAGGAGUCAGCGUACCAAAUUUUAAAGGAGCAAUUGUUUGCUCACCGGUCAGAACUCAUUGCAGCAUUCAGGGGCUACGAUAAGAAGAACAUAGGCCUCAUCACUGUAAACGACUGGGCAAAGGCCAUCGAGUCGGUCCUCCAGCUGGGACUGCCAUGGAGGAUGCUGAGACCACAUCUGAUAUUGCAACUGACCAAUGGAAAGGUGGACUACAAGACAUGGCUCAGAGACAUCGUGACGGAAGAGAAAUCUUCCAUCCAAGAGCGCCUUCAGUCGAGUUUGCUGGAAAGCAUUUACCGAAACUUAUCCAACCUGGAGACGAUCUUCAACCUGAUUGACACCGAUUGCUCAGGAUUUAUUUGUCUCGAAGAGUUCAAUCAAAUUUGGAAGCUGUUCAGUUCCCAUAUGAAUAUUGAUAUCUCCGAUGAUAACAUCCGCGAUUUGGCCCGCAGCAUUGAUUUCAACAAGGAUGGGAAAAUCGACUUCAACGAAUUCCUCGAGGCAUUCCGCCUGGUCAAACAACCGGCUUCCCAGUGAAAAUCAAAGCCGCCGUGAGCUGAGCUGGUGAGGAAAAACCCACCGUCUCAAAACAAGGUUGCUAAUUCUGUACUCAUCUUUUACUCCAAAAUCUGCCUCUGAACUAACCCCAAAUUGUGAAUUAUUUACUGCUACCAAUGGAGCCACUUUUACUUUUCUUAAAUUCAACAGGAAAAAAAAAAAUCUGGGAAAAAUUUUCCCUCAGUAACUUUCAAGCAUUGAAGCUUUUUUUUUUUUUUUUUAGUGCUUGGAGAUCAUUCAAACGCUUGUGAUCAAAGCUGCAUUGCUUUUAAUAACUUUACUCAAUUUUAAAGCAUAAUACAGUUGUAUCAACGGUAUCCAAUGACCGGGACGUUUCCUUUUUGUUACAGUUUCAAUGUGGGUCUAAUAAAAAGUUUUGCCAA